CUAGUCCUGCCAAGGCAAAGCCUUCUUCGACUUCGCAGCUUUCAAAGUGCCCAAAACAUUUCCAACAACCAGCUCCACUGCCAAAUUAACCGAUACCGAUUUGAGGAAUGCACUUUCGGCGUUUGGCCCUGUUGGUAAGAUAAAGCGCAAUCGCCAACCGGAUGGAGUGCACACGAAUGGACAGGGAUCCGUCAUCUUUGGCACGUCGUCUGCAGCCAAAUCGGCGUUGGCGGCCUCACCAAUUACCAUUGGCACCUCUCGCAUUAUGUUGUCCAAGUUGAAAAAAUCUAGAAAGGCUCGCUCAGUCGGCGUACCAGUUGCUGGUGAUAAUUUCAGAUGCCGCGUGUUCUUGACUGGCAUUAAGGCCAAAUUAACCGAUACCGAUUUGAGGAAUGCAUUUUCGGCGUUUGGCCAUGUUGGUGAGAUCCAGCGCUUUCUCGAAUCCGAUGGAGUGCACACGAAUGGACAGGGAUCCGUCACCUUUGGCACGUCGUCUGCAGCCAAAUUGGCUAAGGCGGCUUUACCAAUUACCAUUGGCACCUCUCGCAUUAUGUUGUCCAAGUUGAAAAAAUCUAGAAAGGCACUUCCCGCUACUGUUCCUGGAAGUGCAUCGACGACUGCUCAGAUACCACUUACACCAUUAGCAACUCCGUCUACACGUGUUCCUCUGAAGAUCCCGACCGCAGUCCCUUGUAAUAAACCCGCGACUGCUCAGCAGCCGUCCUCUCAUUUAAGCCAUCCCGAACCUCCGACUGCACUAGGUUAUCUGAGCACCCCGGUAGAAUUAAUGAAGAUUCGACGUCUGACUUCUACGAUUUCACAGUAUUUAGACCACCUCCAACCUCCAGCUCCACCUUCCGGCACCAGUGUUCUGGAUUGGUCCUCGCGAACGUUGUACUACGUCAAAUUCGUGGGCGCGGGAAAGGACAUCUCUCUGCUUGACCUCUUUGCCACUUUUAUACAAUUCGGGCGCAUUGUUCACAUACGCCAAGAGUCCAAUGUGCAAGAACAGUCAGCAAGUGGAAGUGGUUACGUGGCCUUCGACUUGUUUUAUUCUGUGUGGUCUGCUCUCGCUGUCAGUCCCAUUAAAAUAAAAUCGUCGACCCUUGCUCUGUCGAUUCCAAGUCCCAUCUUCAGCCAGCUCCCAGAUCCUCUUCAAUUCUACUCCGUGGUAUUCACUGGUGUUUGCAAGCACACUUCCUCGAAUGAGUUGCAAAAUCACUUUGGCCAGUGCAGUCCUGUUGCAAGAGUUGUCAAAUGCGGUGGUGGAAGAGCACAAGUCGACUUCAGCGACCUAACCACUGCCAUUGUCACGAGUUUGAAAAAGGCUCAUCAAGUUGGUGCCUCAGUUUUAAUCCCCAAGUAG